AUGGGGGCCAUGUGGGGCGGCUACCAGGGGCACCUGCAGUGGCGACCCAUGGAGGUCAAGUCAGGUCAGAUACAGUCCAGGAUCUAUGCCACCUGCUCGCCAGACCUCACCACCUGCCCCAACGCCAUCUGUGACGAGCUGGAGCGACUUCAUCCGGGUAUCUGCCCUCAGGAUUGUAUAGACGCGUCGUGGAAGCAAGGUCAGAUCAUGACCAUCUCUGACGGGGGUCGCGGCAUCUCAGCUGGUCUGGGUGUGUGUAGCUGUGAGGGGAACGGUUGUACCUGCUUCCCGGCGCUACCUGAGGAACCCUCAUCAUCCUCAGACCCUCCUCUCAAGACACCCACCUACA